AUGGAUACGACACACGAUUACACUUCCGUUGACACUGAAUUGAAUACAAUAGUUGACACUAUUCAAUUCCGCGAGCGUGUUGUUUUAAAGGAACUCUAUGGUUUAAAAGAUUCUACGUCACCGUCUUCCGAUGAUGUGCUGGCCAACAUUCUGGAGAAGCUCACCAGUGAGUUGGCAAAACCGCUUUCUAUGGACUUCGAAACAUUCUUUGAGACCAGAUGCUAA